UUACUAUCGUAAACUUGUAAACUAUCUAAUUUAUGCCAGUGUCGCCAGUUACAAUAUCGUUCGUACAAUACUGUACACUGCAUUUAUUUUUUUGGUCCGCAAAAGAAAAUUUGUCACAAAUUCGCGCUUAAAGCAUUGAAGUGACUGAUGAUUUUUAAUGUCAAUUGAUGUCAAGUGAGUAAAGUCUAGAUUUGAAAUACGUUUUCGUUUACGUGCGUCGUGGCCAAUAUUUCUGCAGUUUGGAGUGCGCAUUCGUUAUCAUUGGUCAUCGCUAUAUCCAAGAAAGUGCAAGGAUCCCACUAAAUAAAUAAGUAAUUAUCGUAAAGAGAAGUUUACAAGUCACUGAAGAUGGUAUCUGCGCCAUGCAGUUAUAUAUAUUAUGAAAUGUUCGUCUCGAUUCAUGCCUUUUAAUGGGAGUAUGAGCCAGUGUCUAAGGACUGCCUUAAUUGUCUUGAGUUCCACAACUGGUGCAAAAUGCCACCAAAGCAGAGAAAAAUAGCUAUUAUGGGUUACAGAUCAGUAGGAAAAUCGUCUCUUAGUAUACAGUUCGUCGAGGGACAAUUUGUGGACUCGUAUGAUCCCACUAUUGAAAAUACUUUCACAAAAACCACGCGUAUCAAUAGCCAAGAUUAUGAACUUAAAUUGGUGGACACAGCUGGUCAAGACGAGUACAGUAUAUUUCCCACCCAGUACUCAAUGGACAUCCAUGGCUAUGUCCUAGUAUAUAGUAUAACUAGUGCAAAAAGUUUUGAAGUUGUGCAAAUCAUUUAUGAUAAAUUGCUAGAUAUUACAGGAAAAGUCCAUGUACCUAUCGUCUUAGUGGGAAACAAGACGGAUCUUUAUGUAGACAGAAUGGUUACUACCGAGCAAGGGAAACGCCUAGCUGAUACAUGGCGUGCUGUCUUUCUCGAAACUAGUGCAAAACAAAACGAGGCUGUUGCCGAUAUAUUUCACACUCUGCUGACAGAAAUAGAAAAGGCUGACGGAAAUGUGCAAGAAAAACAAAACUGCAUCAUUUCAUAAAAACCAGAAAAAGGCAUUUGAAUUUGCGACCUGGGCUUAUAGAAAAAUGAAGAUUCAUUACCACCUGUACCUCGGUGCCAUGAAAACUUGGAUAAGAAGACAAAGUUCUUGAGAAACAGUUUACAAUAAUCUUAUGAAAGUAACUGUUCAAUGUUGUGAAUGAUUUAAUUUACAUUUUCUACUGCCCUAUUGGUUCCUUCAUUUUGUAGUAACACAAAAAUUGUCAAUAAUUCAAUACUGAGAAUUAAGUUCUGAACUGGUAAACCAAAACAUUCAGUCAUUUGGAUUUUUCUUUGUUACUGUAAGUUCUCAAUUUAAGAUACUUAAUUUAAUGGGAGCCGCCUCUCUGUGUCAAAACGGCGCUGAGAAGUUUGUAACCAGAAUUACUUUCAGAUAAAUAUGUGGCGUUCCGUAAGGAGAGAGGCUCGCUUUGGCGAGCUUAGUUUAGGUGAUGUUCGGGUUUUUUGUGAGCCAGGGUAAAAAGUAUUAGUUUUUUGUUUUCGAUGGGAAAUCAUACUUGAAUCUGUGCUCUAUGUGGUGACUUUCUAUUUGUCUUCUUGAGUGACCGAAAGUGAAUUUUGGAAGAAAAAAUAUAACACGUGCGGUAUUAGCACUCAUCAUCUGUAAAUGCGGUUUUCUCAAAAAGCGAUUUUUCGAAGUCCCAAGGUCAAAAGUUCCCAUGUAAUUUGUUUUUUUUUUAAAACUUAGUGGGUUUAUGCUGGGCCUGUGAGCCCUCUUCUUAGGGAACCUCACUUGUUUAUAAUAAAUUUCGUAUAAUAAAAGGGAUUCAAAGAUGUACGUUUCUAGAAAAUUAUGAAAUAUUUUUAAAAUUUGUGUUAUCUGUCGUAGAAUUUUGGUAUGGUUUUAAUUUUUAUGAAACAGAAUAACGUGCGCUGCAACAACUUUUUUGAAAUGUCAUUUUGAUUGGAUUAAUUUUCUGUACAUUUGAGUAUUUUUACUUGAGACAUUAAAUCACAUUGCGUGAUUUAGACUUGUGAAACCCAUAAUUUUAUCACGCGGAUAUGAAUAUUCUUUACCACAAUUGUACACUGUAUGCAAUGAAAACUGUAAAUACGAAAAAAAGUUGUGACGGUAAUUAAACACCAGGAUAUGUAAGAAGCGUAAAAUAAAGAAAAAGAUUGAA